UCUCUCUCUUCAUUUCAGUCACCAAACCUUCUUUUCUUUCUUUCCCGCUCCCUCGCUUCGUCUCUUUGCUCCGACGCCAAACCCUAGUAGUGGUGGUGGUGGUGGUGGUGCUACAACUACUUCUCCGCUUCCGAGGAUUUCGAUUUCCAUCUUCACGGGUUCCUUCUUCUUCGAAAAUCAGAUCUGUGUGAUUUCUUAAGGAGAAGGAGUGGGUUCAGGGAGACAUGGAGCGGAGGAGGAGCUCUCACGAUUGACAGCGUUCCUUUUCAUAUCACGGAACCGGCUUUCCCUGCACUUGGUCUGGAUGCCUUCUAAAAGGGCAAGAAGGAGGUUAGGUUUCCCUUCUUCAAUAACCACACGAGGUCUGGAUACUUUUAUGGCAUUCAAGUUAACAACAGUGUACAGAGAUCACCACCAGAAUUUUGGCGGGAUUGAUCUAUUAGGACUUGAAGAGGAAAUAAAAGGAAGAUGCUCGAUCCAUGCUUCAUGGGAUUUAUCAUCUUCAAGAGGUAAGGAAAGGCACGGAUGGGCGUCUAUUGACAUACAAGCUUUUAGACGCAACUCUUGCUCUAAUGAAACUAUCAAGUGGCAACAUGUACUUCAAAACAGAGUACAGGAAGGCCACAAAAUGGGAGGAACCAUGCCCAUGCUUCUAAUUUACCAGGAGAUCUACUUGCACGGCAGCACUAUGGCUUCUUGUUUUGUCCAUGGUUGCGCUGAAGUGAACGCAUCUACUCCACUAUUUUAAAAAUAAGGACCUGAGAAUGGCCAAGUAACGUGUAAACGAUAUAUAUAUAUAUAUAUAUAUAUAUAAUUUUUUUGUAAUUGUAAUAUUAAAUAGAGAAAACAGAGAAAGGAAGGAAUGGCACUGGUGAAAAACAUCCAAGAGGUAUGGAUGGCCUGCUGUCCCAUAUGCGAGAGCCACUGAAGGUAUGUCUAGAAGAUGGCCAGCCAGCCAGCCAUCAAUAGGUGUACUCAAAACAAAGCUUAAGCCUAGGCCGGGAUGAGCCAUGUGUGCUCGACAUGCGUUCGUUUGGACCCAACUCUCUCUUUUGUUUGAGUUAAAGCGUAUUAAUUUUAUUAAAUAAAUAAACCAAUCUCCAGCUUACCUGAACUUUUUUCUAAAAUUGAAAAAGUUUGGCAGCCUACUUCAUUUAAAGACAAACUAAAUUUCAUGAGCUGUUUGCACGCCCUAACCGCGUAAAAUAUCUCAUAAAAAAGUUGGAAGUUAAGUAGCGCAAUGCUAGAGAUCAGUAGGAUAGAAUUGUUGUGGAGUUGUUGAAGUAGGGACUGAUA